UUUGUGCGAAGAUGCGCUGCUUCCACGCCUAGCAUUAUAGUAUAGCAUCAGCAUUGGCAUUUCUUCAACCAUCCAUUCAGCAGUUCAAGCUCACACAUACUGAUUACAUACCUAAUAAUCAGAGGGAUCUCACAGACAUGGGGUUGGGCAUGCUAGCUUCGAGGGUCAUUAGACCUACCGCCUCAAAACUCUCCCGGAAUCUCCUCUUCCAGGUAAGGCCUAUUGUCUCUACGCCGGAGCUCCACACUCCGGAAGCUUCGGCUGCCCCAGCUCAGCCCGAAUCGACGCCGGAUCUCCCUCCGCCACCAAGGACUCCUGUCGGCGGGGCUCGAAUCCACUUCCCGAACCCUGAUGACGCCAUCGAGGUGUUCGUGGAUGGGUACCCGGUAAAAAUCCCCAAGGGCAUGACCGUUCUCCAGGCCUGUGAGGUGGCCGGCGUGGACAUACCUCGCUUCUGCUACCACAGCCGCCUCUCCAUCGCCGGGAACUGCCGCAUGUGCCUCGUCGAGGUCGAGAAGUCCCCCAAGCCCGUUGCCUCCUGCGCCAUGCCCGCUCUUCCCGGGAUGAAAAUUAAGACCGAUACGCCAGUGGCAAAGAAGGCUCGAGAAGGAGUGAUGGAAUUCUUGCUAAUGAACCAUCCGUUGGACUGUCCAAUCUGUGAUCAGGGUGGAGAAUGUGAUCUUCAGGAUCAGUCUAUGGCAUUUGGAUCUGAUCGCGGUCGGUUCACAGAAAUGAAGAGAUCGGUGGUGGAUAAGAAUCUUGGUCCUCUAGUGAAGACUGUGAUGACUCGGUGCAUUCAGUGUACAAGGUGUGUGAGGUUUGCAACAGAGGUUGCUGGGGUUCAGGAUCUUGGCAUGUUAGGCCGUGGCAGUGGAGAGGAAAUUGGGACCUAUGUUGAAAAGCUUAUGACAAGUGAACUUUCUGGAAAUGUAAUAGAUAUUUGUCCUGUUGGAGCCCUUACAUCAAAACCAUUUGCAUUUAAAGCCCGAAACUGGGAGUUAAAGGGAACAGAAAGCAUUGAUGUUACUGAUGCAGUUGGUUCCAACAUCCGAAUUGAUAGCAGAGGUGCAGAGGUCAUUCGCAUCCUUCCCCGGUUAAAUGAGGACAUUAAUGAAGAGUGGAUAUCAGAUAAGACUCGUUUUUUUUAUGAUGGUUUGAAGAGGCAGAGGCUAAAUGACCCUAUGAUUCGUGGUGCUAAUGGGCGUUUUAAGGCUGUUAGCUGGCGUGAUGCUCUUGCUGUGGUUGCUGAGGUAUUGCAUCAAGUUAAGGGGGAGGAAAUUGUUGGGAUUGCUGGUAAGCUGUCUGAUGCAGAAUCCAUGAUGGCACUAAAAGAUUUCUUAAACAAAUUGGGGUCGAACAAUAUAUGGUGUGAAGGAAAUGGCAUGAACCCCGAUGCUGAUCUGCGAUCAGGAUAUAUAAUGAAUAGUACCAUUGCUGGUCUUGAAAAAGCAGAUGUUUUCCUGUUGGUUGGUACCCAGCCAAGGGUUGAAGCUGCCAUGGUAAAUGCCAGAAUCCGAAAGACAGUCCGUGCAACCCAAGCUAAGGUCGGUUACAUUGGCCCUGCAGCUGAUUUCAACUACGAUCACCAGCAUCUUGGCACUGACCCUCAAACACUUGGUGAAAUUGCUGAGGGUCGCCACCCUUUUUGCUCAGCCCUCAUGAAUGCCAAAAACCCUGCCAUCAUUGUUGGUGCUAGUAUUUUUGAGAGGAAGGACAAGGAUGCAAUUUUCUCUGCUCUAGAAACAAUUUCAAAAAAUGCCAAUGUUGUCAGACCCGAUUGGAAUGGAUUCAACGUCUUGCUUCUCAAUGCUGCCCAAGCUGCAGCACUUGACCUGGGACUUGUGCCUGAAUCUGAAAAAAGCAUUGAAUCUGCCAAAUUUGUGUAUUUGAUGGGCGCUGAUGAUGUGGACAUGGAAAAGGUUCCGGCUGAUGCCUUUGUCCUUUACCAAGGACAUCAUGGCGACCGGAGUGUGUAUCGUGCCAAUGUCAUUCUCCCCGCGGCAGCAUUUAGCGAGAAGGAAGGGACAUAUGAAAACACAGAAGGGUGCAGUCAACAAACGUUGCCUGCUGUUCCCACAGUUGGUGAUGCUAGGGAUGAUUGGAAGAUUAUUCGAGCUCUGUCCGAGGUUGCAGGGUUGAGGUUGCCCUACGAUUCACUCAGGGCCAUUCGAUCCCGGAUCAGGACAGUGGCACCAAACCUCCUGUGCACGGAUGAGAGAGAGCCAGCAACCUUUUCAGCUUCAUUGAAACCCAACUCGAAUCAGAAGAUGAGUUCAACACCAUUCGGGACUGCCGUAGAAAAUUUCUAUAUGACUGAUUCCAUUACCCGAGCAUCAAAGAUUAUGGCUCAAUGCAGCGCGUCACUAUUGAAGAAGUGAGCAGUAGAUUUUUACUAUUCUAAAUAAUGGUGCAGAUCUUUUUUCUUUAUCUAUCAUCAUUUGGGCGGUGUGAGGCCCUGUUUGGCCAAAGCUUCUGGAACAUUGGAAGUACUUCCAAUAAAAGUUUCUUAGGUGUUAUAUUAUUGCAAUGUAAACGAUUUUUUCUAAAACGGUUCGCAUGUAAAACGUGGGAUUUUCCAAUUCAUACCCUGUUGUAUUGGCUCAACUAUGAAAAUAUGCCUUAGUUUCCUUUCACAA